GCACAUCAUAGGGAGGAUGGAGAGCUAUUCCUGUAAGAUGGCUGGUGAUGACAAGCACAUGUUCAAGCAGUUCUGUCAGGAGGGUCAGCCACAUGUGCUGGAAGCGUUGUCACCCCCGCAGAGCGGCGGCGUUAGCCCCAGCAGGCUGGGGAAGAGCCUUGGCGCGGAUGAAGAUGGACCUCUCAGUGACAAGUGCAGCCGGAAGACUCUCUUCUACCUAAUUGCCACUCUGAAUGAAUCUUUCCGGCCUGACUAUGAUUUCAGUGCAGCGCGGAGCCAUGAAUUCAGCCGGGAGCCAAGCCUGAACUGGGUGGUGAAUGCUGUGAACAGCAGCCUGGUAUCGGCUCUGGGGGAAGAAUUCACUGCACUGAAACCUGAUUUAUGGGACGCCGUGGAUGAAGAAAUCAACCUGUCUGAAUGCGACAUCUACAGGUGA